CGGUCGAGAGAGCAGGGAACAGAGGGCGUAGAGAGGAGAGGAGAGCAGAGGAGAGGAGAUGAGAGGAGAGGAGAGGAGAGGAGAGAGUGCGCGCAGGGGGUGGACAGUGGGUACUGUGCGUUACCGAUCUACUGGACUUGUCAGGGGGCGUUUGGAGAGCAAACAGCGAAAACAACGAAAGAACAUCUCUCCUCUUCUCAUUUAGCCGACAAUUAUCUGACGGACACAUUUCUCUCUGUCGAACCUUCUACGGCGCUUCCGAACGCCGCUUCAACACUGAAUAGCUUAGGAACUGGCCAUGUGCAUUAAUCUCUAGUGAACGAAUAUUUUUCCUGCAAUGUGUAGUUUCACACUGUUGUGAAUGUGACAAUGCAGUAUAUGCCGUGGAAUUUCUUUCGGACGAGCUACGGUGAAGAGGCAGAAACACGCCUAUUAUAGAGGGCAAUCACCGCACCAAACCAACAGAAACAACGUCCAGAAUUUGGUCGGAGAACAUUUUUCAUCUGCUCAUCUGCUGAUUUGGUUUACCAACAAUAACAAUGGGGGAGCAACCGAUCUACAGCACGCAGGCCCAUGCGUUCCAGAUUGACCCCAACACCAAGAAGAACUGGGUGCCCACCAGUAAACAAGCUGUCACCGUGUCCUACUUCUAUGACAGCACCCGCAACGUCUACCGCAUCAUCAGCCUCGACGGCACCAAGGCGAUAAUCAACAGCACCAUCAGCCCCAACAUGACCUUCACCAAGACGUCUCAGAAGUUUGGCCAGUGGGCCGACAGCAGAGCAAACACUGUUUAUGGCUUGGGCUUCUCUACUGAACACCACCUGACCAAGUUUGCAGAGAAGUUUUCAGAGUAUAAGGAGGCAGCUCGUCAGGCCAAGGAAAAAAGUCAAGAUGGGAAGAUGGAACCAAACUCCCAGGAGUCGCCAGCAGUUGAACUCUCCUCACCUCUGACUCCUGUGACUCCUCCCGCCAUGGACAACAUCAAUGGGACAGAUGACCCCUGUGACAUAACACCCGAGCCCCGUCCUGAACCGUCUCAGAACGCACUGGCCUUCACACACAGCCCCACCAUCAAUAAGCACUGGGAGGCAGAGCUAGCAGCUCUAAAGGGGAACAAUGCUAAGCUAACAGCUGCUCUGCUGGAGUCCACAGCUAAUGUCAAACAGUGGAAACAACAACUGGCUGCCUACCAGGAGGAGGCCGAGAGACUACACAAACGGGUAACGGAGCUAGAGUGCCAGAGCACCCAGACCCCUGUGAUCAAAUCCCAGAAGACGGAGCUAAACCAUACCAUUGAGGAACUGGAAAGCACUCUGAAGGAUAAAGAAGAGGAAAUGGAGCGGAUGAAAGAGGAAGUGGAGAACGCUAACGUACUGCUACAGCAGAGAGACUUGUUGACACAGAAACUACAGGAGACGGAGUUGCAUGGGCGAGUGUUAGAGGAGCAGCUCCUGGGAGCUGAGCAGCGAUUGGAAGAGAGUCAGGAAGAGCAGGAGAACUUCAGGAAGAGCCUAAGGACCCUACUGGAGCUGCUGGAUGGGAAGAUAUUUGAGCUGACAGAGCUCAGGGACAGCCUGGCCAAGCUCAUAGAGGACAGAUAGAUAUUCACACACCACCCCCCACUGGCCAACACACUGAAUUACACAUACAGAGACACUCUGACCCCUACUGGCAGAGUCAGUGAACUACACACAUAGAGACUCCACAGGAUUGACAUGGCUCAUAGAGGUCAUAUAGAGCUCACAGACUCACAGCACCCCUUAAUGUUAGACAUACAGAACAGCACCCUCGCAGGUUAGUGCCCCCUUCUGCCAGACCCAUAGAACAACAAUAUACCCUGCUGCCAGACCCACACAACAACAUAACCCAGUGCUGAUGGUAUAGAACAGCACCCCCGAUUGGCUCCUAUGUGUAUUGUAACUGCACCCUCUCCUUCCAAAAUAACCUCCUGCAGCUGCUGCCACACUGCCCUCAGCUGUUGAACACACAGAACAGGUGCCCCAUGCUGACCCUGUGAACAUAUGUCUGAGCAACGACAUCCUUUGCAGACUGACCGAACAGCAACCCCUGCUGGUAGACUCACAGGAAUACGGCUUUACAGUUAAUUCAUUUACAGUAUUCAGUAUGUGGCCCAUGCAGAAUUAAAACCCACAAAUCUGGUGUUGCCAGCACCAUAUUCCAACACACUGAGCUAUUGAAAACUACAGACUACAGGAGAGCCCUCAAUCAACCACUGAAACCCACAGAGCAGGAGCAGGAGUAAUGUCCAAUACACAACCACAUACCUUGGCCUAGGACUUACAAAGGCUGCUGGAAGUUGGAGUUCUGUUUACAUUGAUAUUCAAGUCUUCUGGACUCGAGUAUGACUGAACUUUGCGCAAUAUGAAAAUAAUAUAGUAUACUAUCACAAGAGAAUCUUCCAGAUGCAUUGGUCAUGCUUUAUUUAGAACUCCAGGUAGCCUAGCGGUUAAGAGCGUUAGGCUAGUAACCGAAAGGUCCUUGGCUAGAAUCCCUGAGAAUCCCUGUUGCAAGGUGGAAAUAUCUGCUGUUCUGUCCUUGAGCAAGGCAGUUAAGCCUCAACAACAACUGCUCCCUGGGUGCAGAUGACGCCAAUUAAGGCAGCCCCCGCACCUCUCUGAUUCAGAGGGGUUGGGUUAAAUUUAUGUUGAAUGCAUUCAGUUGGGCAACUGACUAGGCAUCCCCUCUUGACUGGGAUAUUUCUUAAUGGUUUAUUCCUCCCUUUUUAUUCCACCAUUCCAACCCCAGAGACCUGGGCAAUGUUCCCUCUAAACUGCGCGCGUGCACACUUCUUCCAGGACUGCCGCGCAGAAGAAAUGCCAUGCUGUGCGCAGAGAUGCAAGAGAUUGAAAUUCACUGAGUUGGCCCUAUUAGUUUGCACUAUAUAGAUCAACGUUUUUUCUGUGAUCGAAUCAACAUUAUAUCAGGCCCUUUUCAAUGCAACAAACCAAAACAAAUCUAACUUUGCAAGAUUAAGUCUGUGAUUUUGUUGUAGGCAGAGCCAGAGCGCAACGGAGUAGAAUUCUAUUGGCGGGGUAGCCCACGAGCGGUCUUUUAAUCACCGGAGUGAAUGCACUUUUCAGAUUAGAGCGCAGAGCCGUGCGUGUGCACAUUUGUUGAUAUUCUUUGCUAGUUAGCUAGUUAUUAGCCCAGUUAUAGAUAAGUAUAGGUCAGCA